AAAACAUGCAACUCAAACAAAUCAUCAUCUCAUUAGCUUUAUGCUUUAUUGCUUUCCAAGCUGUUGAAGCUAAGACACGGUACUUUAUGUGGUGUGGUGAAACCAAAUCGCUGCACGCAACUGCUCCUAGUUACAAAUGUGGAACAAGCACCAAUUGGUAUUACUUUGGUAGUGAUAUGCCUGCUGUUGGUGGCAAAUGGGCUUACUAUAACCCUAAUAGUCAAUACAUCCAACCUUUUAUUAAAUGUUGUAAAGCUGCUGGAAAGAACGCUUAUGUUUCCCAUGUUGAUUGGUACAACUACACUGGUAUUUCUUCCUUGGCUGGUACCAUUGCAGGUAUUCUAGGUCUAGCCAUUACUAUUGCAGCCUAAGUCCUGAAAGUUCUUUAUAGACGAUAGAAGUUAUAUCAAAUAUAUCAAAUAAAAUCGUCUUUUUUUUUUUUUAAUGUA